AUGGCCGAACGAUUCAAGCUCUACUGGACUGUUCCUGCUUCUCACUUGGUCGCAACCAAGGAAGCCGUCUUCAAGACAGGCGCCGGCGUCUACGACGAGGGCAAAUAUGUCCAGGUUGCCUUCCAGAUUACGGGCCAAGGCCAGUUCAUGCCCGUGGCGGCUGCUGGAGCGGAUCCUCAUACCGGCACCGUCGACGAGCUUGAGCAGGUCCUCGAGUACAAGGUCGAGAUUGUGUGCGUUGGACGGGAUGUCACUAAAGCCGCGGUAGCUGCUCUGAAGAGCGCGCACCCAUACGAGGUUCCCGCAUACGAGGUGUACAAGUUGGAAGACUUCUAA